GCCGCAGUCCACUCUUCUUAAUUUUAUAUAUAUUUUUCCUGUGCCCUGUGUUCAGCGACUUUAUCAUGAGUUGCCGUCUUCCGAUUUAUUUCAGAAUUCCGAUGCAAUAUUCAAAUAUACAUUGAUGUCUUUGGAGAUCUCAAGUCUUUGUAAUAGUUUUGAACAUUCUGGACAACAUAUAGACAGAGUGCCUUCCAACUUGGAACGACAUACGAGUUUGUCAUCGGUACGAAGUAUUCUAAGAAAGAAUGCAAUCUGUAUUUGAACCACGCCGAAGUGCAGCCGAGGACAGCUGCACAUGCAAUAGGAAGCCUUCCACAGAGAAGCUUGGACUUAAAUUAAUGAAAUAUAGUUCAGGCUAUCACCAAGUAAUCGAAGUACUACAACACGGAGCUACGUCUAUUGUUAUGUCCGGAGUCAAUCCGCAUACACACGAGCGAGUAGCGAUCAAGCAGCUCAAAACAGAUGAAAUUACCACAGAGGCACUUGUUGAGGCCAUGAGAUGCGAAAUCAUUGCACACGUAGCAAUGGAAGGACACAUUAAUGUGGGUCGGCUUUUGGGUGUAGAGUUGCCUGUUGUAGACAAUAAUUCUGGAACUCUAACAGGAAAACCUGCGCUGAUUUUUGAACUGUACGAGCACGGAGAUCUACUUGUACAUGUCGAAACUCACAAGGGUAUACCAGAAUCAGUAGCUGUGAUUGCAAUCAGAGGGGUAUGUGAGGCGCUUGCUGCACUGCAUGAGAAGAACUUAGUCCAUCGGGACAUUAAAUCGGAGAACGUGUGUGUAGGUAAUGAUGGUUAUAUUAAACUCAUAGAUUUUGGAUCAGCACGAAGUAUGGGACCUUCGGGAGAACCUUGGGUUAUGACGGAACGUGAUUUCAGGGCGGGCUCUCUGCCCUACCUGGCGCCCGAAUUUUUCACUACCGAAUCGGGAGAGUCGUGCGAUCUGAAGGCUGUAGAUGCAUGGGCGUUCGGAAUCUUUAUAUAUUCCGUCCUCACAGGGGUGCUGCCUUUUCGGGAAGCUACUGUAACAUGCGCGGACUUUGCGAGGUAUAGCCAAAAGGGGUGCUCAGAGACCGCGAACACAGAGGGGGAGAGCGAGGAAGAGAGCGAUAGUGCUGUUUCCAAUUGGCCGGGAUUAUCACCGCGCAUGUCAAAUAUUAUACGAGGUUUGCUUAGGUUGGAUCCUGUAGAGCGCUUGACUAUAGAACAGUGUCUGGGGUUGCUGUGACUGCUUGUAAAAACGAUGGUCGUCAAAAUAGCGACGUCAUCAGAAUUCGAAAACAAAGAAAAACAUGCAUUAAAGUACGCAUUUAAAGUCAUCAAUUUAUAGACUCACUCACGCUUCGAAAACUCAGUUGCUUCCCUGCGUCGCUUUUAGG